UGUUGACUACGGGACGUGACGCAAGCACGUCCGCAGCCUAGCAGCAGAAAAGACGGCGUAAACAAAGCAGGCAGCUAAAAGUCAGCUAAUGCAAAGUGAACGAUGUGUCGUGAGUAAAAUACUUAAUGGGGGUUUACUGGGUUGUAUAUGAACACCUGUUAUUGGCGGGUACAACUCUUGUUCCUACGUGAAAGGACUCGCUCGUGCGCCGUGAUUGACACAAACGAGUUGACAAGAUACCGUUAUUGCUAGCUACAUUAGCUUGAGCUAAACUUAAGUAACGGGAUUUUGUCGUUAAGGAAACAUUUGUUUACUAAGUCAGUGUUAACCGAUACGGUUUAGCGACUGUCCCUUAAUUCAUUGACGUUCGUUUGGUCGGGCGUUGUAAAAGCUGUUAGCAUAGACAUUGUUAGGAGUUCGUCAUGUAGGAAUUUUUAUUAGGAAUCGCUGAGCUGGUUAAACACGGCUGGCUAGUGGAGGAACUCCUGGGUAGAUGACCACUUGUUUGCAGUCAUCUGGAGUGCGAUGUUCAGUCUGAUGGCGAAUUGCUGCAACUGGCUGAAACGCUGGCGAGAGCCUGCAAGAAAAGUGACCCUGGUGAUGGUAGGCCUUGAUAAUGCAGGGAAGACGGCAACAGUGAGAGGAAUCCAGGGAGACAAUCCCCAGGAUGUUGCUCCCACUGUGGGCUUUUCCAAAGUUGACUUGAAGCAGGGCAAGUUUGAGGUGACCAUCUUUGACCUCGGUGGUGGGAAGAGAAUCCGGGGCAUUUGGAAAAACUAUUACUCGGAGUCACACGGCGUGGUGUUCGUGGUGGACUCAAGCGAUGUCCAGCGGAUCCAGGAGACGCGAGAGACCAUGGCGGAGGUUCUCCAGCACCCGCGCAUUGCUGGGAAGCCCGUGCUAGUGCUUGCCAACAAGCAAGACCAGGAGGGAGCGCUAGCUGAAGCAGACAUCAUUGAGAACUUGUCAUUAGAGAAGCUUGUUAAUGAGAACAAGUGUCUCUGUCAGAUUGAACCGUGCUCUGCCGUUUUAGGCUAUGGAAAAAAAGUCGACAAGUCCAUCAAGAAGGGCCUGAGCUGGCUACUCAACAACAUUGCCAAAGACUAUGAGGCUAUUACUGAGCGCGUGCAGAAGGACACAGCCGAGCAGCGCGCUUUAGAGGAGCAGGACAAGAAAGAGAGGGCAGAGAGGGUACGGCGGAUACGAGAGGAGAGAGAACGUCAAGAGCGCGAGGAAGCAGAGCGAGAAGGCAGAUCGAUUCAAGAGGAGGAGCCCAACGACGACAACAUCCAGAGCCCCUUCCAGCCCAUAGGAACUGUGAUUUCUAAGAAUGAAGACAAAGAAAAGCUGCAGGAGGGCAGGCCUAACAGCCCGAAGGGUGGGGCGGACACAGAAGAAGAGGAAUACGAAGACAAUGGUGAAGAGCCAGAUGACACGAGACAAACAGCAGAAAACACUAGUUCAGGUGAGCAAAGCAAAAAGAAGACAAGUAAGCUCCACCUGAAGAGAAAACACAGGGUGGACCCUCUGAGGACGGAGGACGGGCCGGCAGAGAGCCCCACCCCUCCACCUCCUCCAGUGGGAUGGGCCACACCUAAAGUCUCUAGACUGCCUAAACUAGAGCCACUUGGGGACUCUAAACAUUCUGAGAUUUACAAGAAGCCUCUCCCACCGCUGGCGAAUAGGCCUCGGCCUAACGGCGACGCUCACGAUGUCAUUGUUUAAACCCUCUUUUACUGAUCGAGGUUGGUUUCCUGACCAAUCACGGCUCUCUCUCCUUUGCUUUCUGUCUCAAGCGAGUGGUGUGUAGACAACCAAACUAAACGGCUGUCCGCCAGCGCUGAAGUUCAGAGGACAAAGUAGCGACAAGACGUCCUGCUCAGAAGUCGUGAUUUCACAGACUGGCAUGAUUGAAUGUGAACUGCUUAAACUCUCGGACAGGUUCCGUCAUCACUCAACAAAAAGCACUUUUAGUGCUGAACCUUUGUGUUUUUAUUCAUAAUAUCAGUAUUACAAAGUUUGGACUACAUGCGCCCAACUUAAAUACUUAAUUGACAAAGAAUGUAAAUAAUAUAUAUGUGUCUGUUACUGAAAACAUUUUUUAUUUGUAUCAGAUCGCCAUAAAAAAAAAAUCAUAAUGUGUCUGACUUUUUUUUUUCUUUUUGUACUUUGAGAUUCAGUGCAGCCAUGUUAGUGGUCUUAUGAGGCUUUGCACAACACAGUGCUUGAUUUGACCCUUUUAAAGUAAACAUUCAGCAUUUUUUAUUUGUCUUCAGAUUAAACUAAUGAGUACUACACUACAGUACACUGAAAGUGUAAAGUACAUUACGGUUGCCAAUCAUCGGUUUGUGCUGAAACACUAAAAUUGUCAUGACAAGAAAAAUGCAAAUCGGUUCAUUUUAGUCUCCAACCAGCAUCAAUUUAUAGGAUUUUGGGUGAAUUUGGGCUACAGAUUUUUACACAUUCUGCUGUUUACACUAAGCAUUUGUUUUUAAAAGUGAUAUUUCCAGAUGUGCGCCCAUUUUAUAUUAUAUAGCUAUAACUGCGUCUCAGACAAACCUGUUUCUGUACAUGUUUCAGUAGUUUGCAGGUGGAGUAAAGGGAAAUAUUCCCACUGUGAAGAGCCAGAGAAGAAUUAGGUGCAGUUUUUCGUAGCAACUUGAAAUAUCACUUUAAAACCACAGCACUGUUUUUCAGAUCUGUACUGGGACAUUUUACUCUUGCUAAUGCAUAGAUGUUGGAAGAAUAUUUUUUCUACUGUUUGAAUUUUAUAACAGCACAAUUAAAGAUGUUUUCAAUA